AUGGACUCUGUGAGUAUGGCCAUGAGUGAGGGCGAUACGUGGAAAAGGCAUCGGAGGGCGGCAUCACGCCCGCUGGCCGAAACCAAUUUGGAUAAGCUCGUCCCUAUGAUCAUCCGCCUUGGCGAAGAUAUGGUUGGUAAGCUCAAACAGCUGGCUGACGAGAAGGGGGUGAUUACAUGGAAGCCAGUGAAUGAUGUACAGCUGCUUGGUAUGAGAGUAGCUGCUGCCGUAUAUAUGGGAGAGACAGAUCCCCUCAGCUCGGAAUAUGCAUUGUUCUCUCAUAAUGUCCAAGGCGAAGUCAGAGAGUUGAUAAUGCACAUAUUCUCUAUCAGCCUGAAGCCUAGCCGUAUUCUUUAUCACGAUCGGCUGAUCUAUCGACUCCUAUUCCCAGGAGUUAGAGAGUCCGCCCGUAAAUGGAGAGGUAUCAACUCUAAACUCUUGGAGGACAUUCGCAGAAACAAGAAAGCGGCACCAAGAGAUUCUGACCUACCGAAGAGUGUUCCUCGCAGCUCAGCCGGCCAGUUGAACGAAACUGAGCUCUCACAUAACCUUAUCAUGUAUCUGGGAGCAGGAGGAGAGACUGCUGCUAGCGCCAUCGUGCGUCUCAUGCAGUACUUUUGCAAGUUCCCCGAGAUUCAGACGAGGGCAAGGGCUGAAGCAACUUCCAUCCGAGAACUGUCAGCUCAUUCUGUCUAUGAUAUGCCUUAUAUUGAGGCUUGUUUGAUGGAAACGAUUAGACUCAAUCCCUCUCCACCAAUGGAGCUAGUUAGAGCCCUAGUUGACUGCAAAGUGGCUGGAAAGCCAGUGAAGGCUGGGACCAAACUUAUCUUCCCGCUUACACAGAUUCAAAGGAAAGUGUACACGGAUGGCGAUGAGUUCAGACCGGAACGCUGGUUGGUUCCCGGUGCUCAUUCGAUAGACGAGAAGUUACGUACCGAAUUUGUAGGAUUCGGCUUCGGACCGAGGCAGUGCCCCGGACGGUAUUUGGCUGUUAAAGAGGUUGUUACCAUCAUCGCACUCUUACUCCCGAUGGUAAAUAAAAUGUACCCCUUUGAGGAUUCCUCAGAGGUUUAUCCUCUCAAUGUUUCAAGAGACUACCUCGAGUAG